CAGCUUCCACUGGGACUUCUGACAGCAGCACAGGGGCACCCGAUGCUCGUUGAGCUGAAGAACGGGGAGACUCUGAAUGGUCAUCUCGUCAAUUGUGACACGUGGAUGAAUCUAACCCUCAAGGAAGUCGUCCAAACGAGCCCGGAAGGCGAUAAGUUCUUCAGGCUCGCCGAGGUAUAUGUCAGAGGCAAUAAUAUCAAAUAUCUCCGCGUGCCGGAGGAAAUAAUAGACUUGGCUAAGGAGCAACAACAGCAUAACCAUCAAGGCAACCAACGGGGUCGUGGUGGUCAAGGCCAUCGUGGG